GAAGUUCAGACAGCCUUAUAAAUGAAGCUCAGUUGCUUAUGCAAAGCUUAAAGACCCAUUACUUAGGCGCAAAGACUUGAAUGCCUAACCCAAUAAAAUGAGACCAAAACCUUGUCCCUUGGGGUUCCUCCACACAGACACUGCCCCCCUUUCCCAACACACACUCACACAAACUUUCAGACACUAGCACACAAACUCAGCAGAGCGCGACACACUGAGAGAGCAAAUCCAAAUGGUUGAGACAGAGGCUGAUCCCUGUCCCAUGCUUUUCACUGUCUCAGGGGGCCAUUUUUGAGCUUUCUGGGUCUAGAGGGAAAGUAUUGUAGGAGCGAGUACUGGGUGUGGUGGAGAUGAACAGUGGUGGAGCUGGCGGUGGGGCUGCUGGGAGUGGGACAGGGAUGAGGUCACUUUUUACAGUUUCGCAGUGGCAGGAGCUGGAGCAUCAGGCUUUGAUCUUCAAGUAUCUGGUCGCUGGUUUGCCUGUGCCACCUGAUCUUGUGCUCCCCAUUCAGAAAAGCUUUGAGUCCAUUUCUCAUAGGUUCUUCCACCAUCCCACCAUGGCCUAUUGCUCCUUCUAUGGGAAGAAGGUGGACCCGGAGCCAGGACGCUGCAGGAGGACUGAUGGAAAGAAGUGGAGGUGCUCCAAAGACGCGUACCCGGACUCUAAGUACUGUGAGCGCCACAUGCACCGUGGCCGCAACCGUUCAAGAAAGCCUGUGGAAUCACAAACCAUGACACAGUCAUCAUCGUCCACUGUGACAUCCCUGACUGUCAGCGGAAGCAGCAGCGGGAAUGGGAGCUUCCAGAGCCUUCCGUUGAGUGCCUUUGGUAAUCCCCAAGGUGCCGGUUCUGGAACCAACCAAUCCCAGUAUCAUCUGGACUCCAUUCCAUAUGGAAUCCCAAACAAAGAUUACAGGUACCUUCAGGGAAUUAAACCCGAGGUUGGGGAGCAUAGUUUCUUCUCCGAUGCAUCUGGAAGCAAUAGGAAUCUCCAGAUGGACUCGCCGCUAGACAACACAUGGCCUCUGAUGCCAUCCAGAGUCGCCUCAUUUCCUGCAUCGAAAUCGAGCGACAACUCCGUGUUGCAGAAUGAAUAUCCCCAGCACUCAUUUUUCCAUAGCGAUUUUGCCUCGGGAGAGCCUGUGAAACAGGAGGGUCAGUCUCUUCGACCUUUCUUUGAUGAGUGGCCUAAAACUAGGGACUCCUGGUCUGGUCUUGAGGAUGAGAGAUCCAAUCAAACCUCAUUCUCCACAACUCAGCUCUCCAUAUCCAUUCCAAUGACUACAUCAGACUUCUCUUCAAGUUCCCAAUCUCCACAUGAUAAUUGAGAGGAGCAUGGUUACAGUUCUCUGCAGCCGGUAUCAUUUGUACUUGAAGGCCAGACAAGUUUUAGCACGCUGACUUGAGCGUGCUCAAAGACUCCCUUGAAGUCUUUUCAUUUUCCUUGGUUAUGGUUUUUUCUGCAAGGCUGUUUGUGUAAAACUACAUUUUCAAGCUCAAGGUAUGAAAUAACAGAAACUGUUCGGUAUUUGGGAAAAUCCAGAACAUUGUGGUCCUGUUAAAUGAUAGAGCAACAAUUUUUGGCCCUGACUUUGAUUGCUUCCUUCCCAUAUACCAAAUAAAGUUGCUCAAAUCUUCAUGAGAUACAGCUCUUGGAAUUAUCUGUAUGGUUUUAGUUAUAUUUGGUUAUUGAUAUGGCAACUGGCAAGAAGCACAUGAGAAAAGACAAAUGUUUGUGUAAUAAUAUUUUCCUUCAAUUU